AUGAAAGGCGCUGUCGUCACCAUGAAAGCGCAUGUCUUGAAGGUGGUGGUAGGGACUGGGCGCUGGCAUACCAGGGGGGGCAGGGUGGUGGGCGGCGACCGCCGCAUACCGUCCUACGGCGGGGAUUAUCGCUACGCCAGGGAAGACAAGGGCGUCGAAGUGCAGCUGCUGCUGUUCGAAUCGUUCGGCGGGUUUGGGAGGGGGGUCCGUGAGAUCCUCCGGAGAGCGGCGGACGUGCUACAGAACAAGCUGACGCGGGCCCAGUACCUCGAUGAGGUGACUUGGACCACCAAGAGCUGGCUGGGGCUGCAGAAGCAGCGCAUCUCAGUCGUUCUUCACACGGCCAUCGCAGAGCAGGUCGUGAAUGAGCUUGCCUGUGGCGGGGGUGGGCGGGUGCACGGAGCUAAGUGCCUCGCCACCCUCGCAGGAGUCGCUUAG